AACUCUGGGAGUGGUUUCGUAUGAUCAGCGUUUUGGGCGUCCGGCUUUUCAUGGGCACCAGUGACGAGAGAAUGUUUAUGUCCACGCGCUAAAAUGAAUUUAUUUUGAUCAUUCUUUCGCCUACAGAGUGGAACCAUGGAGGUUUUGCGUGAUGCAGAGGGAGAGGGUGUGAAAUAUAAGCCUGGCGGUCGUUUGGACAUGAGUCACGGGUUUCUGCACCACAUCAGGAGGAAUCAGAUCGCCAGGGACGAUUAUGACAAAGAGGUAAAACAGGCCAAGGAAAAGCAGAGGCGUAGACAGACGACCACCCCUCGCCGCCCGAGAAGACCUGACCGUCAGGUGUACCACCCACGCCAGCGGAAUGGAUCUGAGCCUGGUGUGAAUGCAGAAAUAGAAGACUGGAAUGAGAGCAGCUCCGGCACAGAUCAGGAGAACCCUGGAACAGAGUUAUUCUGGCUCGACUAUCAAGCUGACAACGGGCAUAUAACAUCAUUCAUUGUUCACAAGGAGGAUAAGCCAGAAGAUAUUGUGGAACGAGUGGCAGAGAAGAAUGUCCUGGACUCAGCCAUGAGGGCGGCGCUGUUGGCACGUGUGGGAUAUGAAAUGGGCAAGCGGUGUGACAAAUGCUGAGAUACAGAGGGUGCUGUUUUGAAUGAGAGUGGAGAUUAAAGGGCAAGACCCUAAAAGGCACUGAGACACUGUUGAGCCAGAAUUGAGACUGAACUGCAAAUACACUUCUGUAUGACAGCACCAAGCGUGCAGCAUUUGAAGAUGUCUUGACAUGCCAUGUAGCCUAACAUGCAGUUGUAUUUCAUAAAAGAGAGCGGACUCUAAACUCGAGAAAAAAGUAGAGAAACUGUUAAGCAAUAAAUAUGGAAAACAUUGAAAAAUGAGAAACGAGGACCUGGAAAUAGAGAUACAUUUGUCACUUUUCACUUUAGACAAACGUUAAAAGUGUGUCUCUGGUGCAUAGAGCAUUGUACGCAGAGACGCCAACUUUACAGCAUUGUCCUUUUUACAUCUGAGGUGAUGGUUAGUACUGGACUAAAUGUGUCUAGAUGCUACUGGAAAUGGUUGAAGUUCAGACGCUAAUCAGGACCUCAUUGCUCUGAUCUUUUUACCCAUUCAUUUGGAUUUCUUUUUUCUUCUGUGAUCGCAAAUAUUUUCAUGACCGAAGAAAUGGUAAUAAUGUGUUUAUAUUUCAAGGCUCGUGAAUAAUUUUUGUUGUUCUCUGUUGGUGCUGAUGUUGCUCUUCCAAAGUGAGAACUCAUUGUUCAAACUGUAUGGUCUUUUUGUUUGUUUUUUUCAUCUUUUUUAUUAGACAUUUAGAGUUUUGAAUUUGUACUACAGUGCUGUAAAUCAAUAUUUUGUUUUGGUUCAGAUUACAGUAUGAAUUGUUCAUUCUCUCAUACAGACAGUAUGUGCUACAUUUACACCAUCAUGUCCAUAAAUUAUUUAGUUUUUUAGAAGCUUCUGUUUCAUUCGUCAAAACUAUGAAAUGGCACAAAUGGAAGUAUGGGGAAUUUUUUUUAAAGAGUGUUGAAGGAGUACACGUGUAGAAUCAAGUACAUCUUUCACUUGUUGGCACUUGUUGGCUACUUUUCCCUAACCACUAGGGCUGGGAGUCGAUUCCAAAAAAAAAAAGUGAUUCUUCAAUUCUGAGGCAUUCGGAAUCAUAUUGUCUCCUCAGGAGAAUCGACUCUGCUCAGAGAUGUGACCAGUUCGGACUGUGUUUAUUUCCUAGGUCACUAAACUAUUACACAUUCCAGAAGCCUUAACAGUGCUAAUUCAAUAUACAGAUGUUAAAUGGACUUCAGCUAAAUGAUCGUAAUUUCUCAACUGAUCAACGCAACUCUUUUGAUGUCUGAUAGCCAUCAGUGAAUCCAAUCCAAUUGUUCAUCUGUAUGAAGCAAUAGCACAAGCCCUCCAAAACAUAAAACAAGUAAAACAAAUAAUCAAGCAAAAUGUUGUGACAGAAAACUGGUAUACAAUAACAACUUAAUGAUUUUCAAACACUAGUCAGCAAACAGGAGAUGGCAGAGGAGGAGCAAUAGAGCACAACAAUCUGUUUCCAGAUAGCACACGUACGUCUCCGAGAUGUCUGUUUUACAUCUUUUCAUCUGGAAAGCAUCUAACAUCUGCUAAACAUCUUAAAAAGUUCAGAUUUACAAUCAUUCUAAAUCAUAAACAUCUCAAAGACAUUUGCUAAAUGUCUCAUUGACAUCCGAGACAUACUUAUUGACAUACAUCUUAUAGAUGUAUUGCAGAAGAGCAAACAAUGUAAAAUAGUCGUCUUCCAGAUGUAAACACACACAUCAAAUAGCCAUCUGGGUGUUGUACGUGUGCUAUCAGGGAAAAGAGUAUAACACGGGUGUCUCGAGACAUCUUUUUAACUUGGCAAAAGAACUUAAAAAAAAAAUUAUGGUGCUCCUAAAUGAGACGCCAAAAACACAGCGAUACAUAAUGCAAUGGUCAAAGACCUCCGUUUAGCAUGUUUACAUAGAAAAACAACUGAGAAAUAGCAUGGGUGGACACAAUAACACGUUUGGUGUGAACAGCCCCUUAUUAACAAGACACAGCACCAAUGGAAGUUACCUCUCAAAAAAGCAGUCUUUUGUUGAUUGUAGGUAAAUAUCCACUUCAUCCAACGAUUAGUUUGUUUUCCAUUUUCUGUAAUAUCCUGAUGCUGUUUUAACGAGUGAGAAGCUGCUGCAAAUUAUUCAGCGAAAUAGCAGUCAGAAAUAAAAGGACUAAAUAGCCAAUCGAUUCAGACCUUUUUGCUAACCUGUUUGGCCAAUUCACUGAAAAGAACCGACUUAAUAGAAUUAUUUAUUCGUGAAUCGGGCAUCACUAGUUCUGAUGUUACUCAGCAGACUGAAAAGUAAAUUGUGAUCAAGCCUUUGAAGCUCAAAAAAAGAGAGAAAGUCAGCAUAAAAGUAUGACUCCAGUGGUUUAAUCCAUGUC